AGUUUGACCUCUGUACAGUCUAGAUACCUAGUAUCUGCCUGAGACUCAGGAAUGAGUCAUCCUCUGAUCAAACAGGUGGCAGUGGUCACACCUGCAGAAACUAUGUUCGGGCAGGUUGCUGGCAGCAGCGAUUAGCACAAUAUAACUCCAGAGGAAAAAGUCCAGAGACAGAGCACCAUGGCUUCUGACAGAGGUCCUCCAGCGGGAGAUCCCACAUUGAGGAGAAGAAUUGAACCCUGGGAAUUUGAAUUCUCCUUUGACCCCAGAAAAUUCUGUAAAGAGGCCUGUCUGCUCUAUGAAAUCCAAUGGGGCAACAACCGGGACGUCUGGCGACACUCGGGCAAAAACACCACCAAGCAUGUUGAACGCAAUUUUAUAGAAAAAAUUGCUUCAGAAAGAUAUUUUUGCCCAUCCAUCCGCUGCUUCAUCUUCUGGUACUUGUCCUGGAGUCCCUGCUGGGAAUGCUCCAAAGCCAUUAGAGAGUUUUUGAAUCAGCAUCCUAACGUGACCCUAGUUAUUUACAUAGCACGGCUUUUCCAGCACAUGGAUCCGCAAAACCGGCAAGGACUCAAAGACCUGUUUCACAGCGGUGUGACUAUCCAGGUCAUGAGAGCCCCAGAGUAUGAGUACUGCUGGAGGAAUUUUGUCAACUACCCCCGUGGGAAAGAAGCUCACUGGCCAAGAUAUCCCCCUGUGUGGAUGAACUUGUAUGCACUGGAACUCCACUGUAUCAUUUCAGGUCUCCCUCCCUGCUUACAGAUUUCAAGAAGAUAUCAGAAUCAGCUCAUAGUGUUCAGACUUAUUCUUCAAAAUUGUCAUUACCAAAUGAUUCCACCCUAUAUCCUUUUAGCGACGGGGAUGAUACAACUUCCUAUGACUUGGAGAUGAAUAGAAUGAAUUAUUGUGUACAUACUGUUUCAUGAAUAGGCCCUGAUGACCCACUAAAGAGUAAGCACCAUUAGAACUGAGAUAUUUUUAGAUAUUUUUGUAUAUUUCUGUACACUAAUGGCAAAUCAUCUG